UGUGUGUGUGUGUGUGUGUGUGGGCUGAUCCGCGGCGCGUCUGACUGUCGCUCAGUUUGGAUUCACGAUCAUCUGCUGCGGACUGAACUCAACACUGACGCGUUUCACUGUUCCAGCCUAGAAAUAUUAAUAAAGAUCCGCCAGCGCGAGCUGAAGUUAGUUUGUCGCGGGAAUAUCAGAUUUCUCAAGGAAAUAUUCUGCGCUGGAACUGAUGCGGGAGAUUUUUGAGUCUCUGUAACUAAAGACGCUUCACGGAUCCGACGGAGAGCAGCGCGAUGGGGGAGCAGCCGAUCUUCACCACCAGAGCUCAUGUCUUCCAGAUCGAUCCCACCACUAAGAAGAACUGGGUUCCUGCCAGUAAACAGGCCGUUACCGUCUCGUACUUCUAUGACAGCUCACGCAACAGCUACCGCAUCAUCAGCGUGGACGGGUCAAAGGUGAUCAUCAACAGCACAAUCACCCCCAAUAUGAACUUCACAAAAACAUCGCAGAAGUUUGGCCAGUGGGCCGACAGUCGUGCAAACACGGUGUUUGGACUCGGCUUCGCCUCCGAACAACAGCUGUCAAAGUUUGCUGAAAAGUUCCAGGAGGUCAAAGAAGCUGCAAAACUGGCCAGAGAAAAAUCUCAGGAGAAGAUGGAGACGUCCAGCGAUCAGUCCCAGGAAUCUGGCCGUGAAACUCCAUCAGGCAAUCAGGCAUCCAGUAUCAACGGAACAGACGAUGAGAAGAUCUCACACGUGCCGGACAUCACAGCGCUGAAAAGUGAGAACGACCAGCUGAAGUCUGUAGCGGAGCAGAGUAAGAAGCUGGAGACGGAGCUGCAGGCACUGAAAGACAGCAACGCUCGGCUGAUGGACACGCUGCAGGAGGCCAACAGCAACGCAGAGAGCUGGAAGAGCAAAGUGACGCAGAGCCAGGACGAGAACAACCAGCUGAAGGACAAGAUCUCGGAGCUGGAGGUUCAGUGUAAGGAGGUGAAUCUGGAGAGAGAGAGAAACGCUCAGCUGAGUCUCAGAAUUCAAGAGCUGGAAGCAGAUCUGCAGGAAAAAGAGCAGGAGCUUGAGGAUCUGCGCAAACAGGCAGAAACCAUCCCGCAGCUCAUGGCCAAAUGUGAAAGUGUAACGGCCAAACUACAGGCUGCAGAGUCGGCCAACAGAGACCUGAGCGAGAAGAUGACACUCCUGCAGAGCGAGCUCGACGACAGUCAGCAGAAACAGAAGAACAUGAAGAGCGAGCUCAAGAAGUUCAUGGACGCUCUGGACGGGAAGAUUGAUGAGCUCCAUGAAGUUCGUCAGGGCAUUUCUAAACUGGGCGUCGAUAACUGAACACACUCACACUCUCUCACUCUCUCGCUCUCGCUCUGUCUCAUUGGGCUCCUGUCGCGUGUGUGUUUGUGAUCUUCUGACUGCUGGUUAAGGGCUACUGAUGGUCAGCGAGGAGCCCCUCUCUCUCUCUCUCUCUCUCUCUCUCUCUCUCUCUCUCUCACUCUCACACUCUCACACUCUCACACACUCACACACACACACACACACACACACACACGUGGACUGAAGGGUGAAUUGAACCGCUGCAGAUCUCAGGGCCGUUCGGAAUCGCUGAUAUGCACAAACACAGGUGAACUGCAGAAUCACUAAGUGCCUGAUGGUGGCGCUCUCUCUCCGCCAGCCCUCAUAAACUCUUCUGACAAUCGUCCUGUUUAACGCGAGGCGUCGAGCGGAUCCUCAUGCAAUACCCGCCUCAGGCAGCCGGACGCACUUCUCUUCUUCUUCUGCUUCUUCUGUUGGUUUGUUUGUGUUUUUGAGAUGAAGUCGCAUUCAGAUUAUUCUUAUUCUGAUCGAUGAAAAUAUGAGCCAAAUAUUUGCUGUGAUGAAGGCAGUUUGCUUGUUCGGUGCAGAUGUGUGUGUCGUGCUCAGCAGUGUUUGUGACGUGCUCCUCCGCUCAUGUGUGUGUGUGUGUGUGUGUGUGUGAGAUGUUCGGGUGAGGAUAAUUUAUACAUGUGCUUUUUUUUUUUUUUUUUUUUUUAAAAGAGUAAUCUCUGCCUUUCCUGAGUCUGUGAUCGGAGUGCUUGAGCUUCCAAAC